CGGGCUCCCUGGCCUGCGGGAGGCGCGGGCAGACGGGCGGGCGGCCGGCCGGGCGGAGGCGGGAGGCCGUGCGGGUCGGGGCAACGGGGCGCCGCCAUGGUGCAGGCCUGGUACAUGGACACGUCCGCGGACGACCCGAGGCGGCCGCACCGCGCCGAGCCCAGCCGCGCGGUCGGCCUGGAGCAGCUGCGCCGGCUCGGGGUGCAUUACUGGAAGCUGGAUGCUGACAAAUUUGAGAAUGAUCCAGAACUAGAAAAGAUCCGAAAAGAGAGAAACUACUCCUGGAUGGACAUCAUAACCAUAUGCAAAGAUAAACUACCAAAUUACGAAGAAAAGAUUAAGAUGUUUUAUGAGGAGCAUUUACACCUGGACGAUGAGAUCCGCUACAUCCUGGACGGCAGUGGGUACUUCGAUGUGAGAGAUCAAGAAGACAACUGGAUCCGGAUCUUCAUGGAAAAAGGAGACAUGAUAACUCUCCCUGCAGGGAUUUAUCACCGCUUCACUCUGGAUGAGAAGAACUACGUGAAGGCCAUGCGGCUGUUUGUGGGAGAACCGGUGUGGACGGCGUACAACCGGCCAGCUGACCACCUCGAGGCUCGGGCGCAGUACAUGGGAUUUUUGGCGCAGAUGGCGUAGCGCGGCUCCUGGGCCUCACACCCCUUUGCCCCUUGAGAACGUCCUGAACACAAUGAUGGCAGAAGAGCUUGUGUUCCCGUUGUUAACAAGAAACUGGGACAUUAUUGUUUUACUUAUCAAUUCUGAAACAAAACUAUGCCUAAUUUCUUAUGAUCAUAGAAAAACCCCAAAUCAAUCUGUUUUGCAGAUUGUCUUUUAAGUGUUUUUUAAACCAGAUUUUUACCCCUGAAGGGUAGGUUGUCUGAAGUGUUUUUAAACCAGAUUGAAACUUUUCACAUUAAAGUUCAUCCUCCAUACCCCA